AUGACAACACAUUUCAGCAAAGGACCAACAUUCGGACUGUCAGCUGAAGUCAAGAGUAAGUUGGCUCAGAAGUAUGACCCUCACAAAGAGGAGGAGCUUCGCCUGUGGAUGCAGGAAGUGACAGGACGCAGGAUUGGAGACAAUUUCAUGGAGGACCUGAAGGAUGGGGUCAUCCUUUGCGAGCUGAUCAACACACUGCAGCCGGGGUCCGUGAAAAAGAUAAACAACUCCACACAGAACUGGCACCAGCUGGAAAAUAUAGGAAACUUUGUCAGAGCCAUAACAGACUUUGGACUGAAGCCACACGACCUGUUUGAAGCCAACGACCUGUUUGAGAACGUCAACCACACCCAGGUGCAGAGCACGCUGAUUGCUUUGGCAGGAGUGGCAAAGACCAAAGGUUUCCACACUAAGCAUGACACCGGCGUGAAGUAUGCCGAGAAACAGCAUCGGCGCUUCAACGUCGAGAAGCUGAAGGAGGGGCGCAACAUCAUCGGCCUGCAGAUGGGCACCAACAAGUUUGCGAGUCAGAAAGGAAUGACAUCAUACGGGACACGCCGCCACCUUUACGAUCCCAAGACGAGCAUGGAGAAGCCGCUGGACCAGUCCACCAUCAGCCUACAGAUGGGAACCAAUAAAGGGGCCAACCAGUCCGGAAUGACGGCACCCGGCACCAAGAGACAGAUCUUCGACAAGAAGGUGGACUUGGAGGCGUGCGACACGUCCACCGUCUCGCUGCAGAUGGGCACCAACAAGGUGGCGUCCCAGAAGGGCAUGACGGUGUACGGCCUCCCGCGCCAGGUCUACGACAGCAAGUACUGCGCCGCCUCCGACAGCCACGUCAACAAUGGCGAGGAGUACGACUACGACGGCUACAAGUACUACCCCGACUAGCGAAGGUGGAGCGCCCCCUAGACCGCUGUCUCCGCCCCCCAGUCUCGCCCCUGGGCCUUGCUGGCUGGGGCGCAUUUCCGAAGAUCAACCAAGUACUCCCAAACCCCCCCCCCCCCAUUUCCAUAAAACCCCUCUGCACUUCCAAGCAACUUAAAGUCACUGCUUUUUCAUGGAGGGGGGGGCGGCUUUUCUACUCUAUAUUUUGCAGAUGCUUGAGCCCCCAAAACAGGUCACUGCAGUGUCAGUCUGUUUUUUUUGUCAUUUUGUUUUUGACAAUUAGAACAGAUAGUCCGCGUCUAUGGCGUCAAUUUUGUGCCAAACGUAGGCACAAAAUUGACGCCAUACUGAAUUUAAGACUAGAAAUACAUCUGUGAGAAACGGCACAGGUGAUCUAGUUGUAACGCAGUUCUCUGGAGUUUUAACUGUAAUUUUAAACUCAGACUAAAUUUGUUCUUAUUGCCCUGUUUAGUCAUAUUUAUUAUUGAUAGUCAAGUUUUUUAUUGAGGGUGUCUAAGAUACCUUUUCCAUUCUAGGGGUAAGUCAGAAAACAUAAAAGACCCACAUUCUACGUGAAUUCAGCCAUAGAAAAACUAUUUUGCCCUCAUAAACGUCCCUCUUAAUGCUGACAUUUGUAGCAAUGAAGAGCUGGGAACGGGUUCACAGACAAUGAAUAUGAGAGGCUUUCAGUGUGGCCUUCCGAACACUGAUAGCAGUGUACCUGCCAAACUCCACGUUCCCAUUGGACACCGACCAUCAGACACAGUCUUCUGGCCCGGAAGAUGGAAGGUCAGCUGCAAGUAUAUCCUGUUGUUUCAGACUAACAUUCCUGAUUCUUAGUUGUUUUUGUGAUCUCUGGCUCACAGAGCAAUCAGAGAUAAGACAGAUUUUCCCACCAGUGCAGUGCUUGACAAAUUAUUUUUUAUACAUUUCUGCUGUCGAACUGGUCAAACUGAUGACCAGUAACAUCACACCACCUUGAUGACAAAAAAAAAAGUGAUUCUCCGAAUUAUAAUGAUUUUCCACAGUUUUUUUGAGCAUGGGGCCUAGAAUAUAGGCUGUGCUUUGUCCUGCUCGAGCAUAAUCUCCCAUCUGGUGUUUUGCAGUGUUACUCAGUUGUAGAUACACUGUUGGUGCUAUGAAACAUAAGCAUAAUUAACUCAUUCAUGCUGAUGAACGCCGUCUGAAAUGGCAUUCCUAAACAUUAUGAUCCUGGGCCCCCCAAUAUAAAUUUCACUGCCCUUUCAUGACCCGUCAGACUGCAGAAAUAAAUGCUGGAUGUGCGGUAUACAAACUGUUAUUUGUACAGAAUACCCUACAAUACAUUAAAAAGGGACAUGGUUUAAAAAGCAUUUGAAUUCUGAUUAUGAAAUAAAUGAUUUCCUACUGACAGACUGACUGAAAAAAGCAUUGUAUCCAGUGUUUAUUCAAAUUAAUACUGUUUAUACAUAAUGCUUAAUGUGACUGUGAAAUAAAAUUUACACAUUUCUUUUGAGACAAAAAUGCAUGAUUUACUGAUUGAUUAGUAUUUUAAUUAAGUGUCAUUCACCCUACUGAGAGGGUCUACAACACACUUGGUGAAACAUUCAAUGUGUACAUGUCACAUAUUAGGCUGUAGCUUAGUUAUACUGUUUGAAAAAUCCCUAGAAAACCUAGUGCUGUGAAAAAGUAUUUAUAUUACUUAUUCACUUGGGUGAUAUGGGUUUGAUAACUUUUUCAUUAAAUAAAUGAAAUUAUUUUCAAAAUGUG